GCAGCAUCACAGGCUCCUAUACUAGCACUCCGAGCUCGAAUAUCUGGGACAACAUCAUAUUCACUGUUCCCAAAGGUGCAACCAACGUCGUGAUUACAAACAAAAACUACAAUGCUGUCAGCAUUAGUAAGUUAAAUCUUUCAUGUUUUUUCAUCAGUUUGAAGAUACUUGCCAGAACAACAAAUGUAACUCACUGAACGCCAGUGCUCUCCCCUUUGACGAGUAAAAUUGUCUGGCAUUAGACAGAGUAAAAUAAUAAAAUGGGGUGCACUGGGGCGCAAUGCAACUUCCUAGGUUAAUAAGCUCCUCAUCCAAGUAUGGUACAUUCAAUGCCACCUAGUCUAGUUUGCUACUUAACUCUAAUGUCAAACAAGAUACUAGUAAAAGAGACUUUAGUUACGUUUCAAGUUUUAAUGCGCUCUAAUGUGCCUUUCUUGUCAUUAAUAAUUCAUGAGGAAAACACAAAGAAAAAUUAUAAGCGUGUCGUAUCUCUACACGGUGAGUAAAAAAACCUGAUACCUUUGAUAUUCAAAUUAGCCGCAUAGGUGUCAGUUUUUUUUUACUCACCCUGUAAGACCUGUAUAUGUGAUAUAGAUUUUUCUUGAUUUACAUAAUUUUCUUGACUUACAAAACGUAUUUUUUGAAAAUUACUUCGCCCAUGAACUUACUAGAUCGAUCGUUUUUGAAACAAUUUAAAACAUUUCGCAGUGCGUGUUUUAGCAGACCUAAAAGAUAGUCGACUUUGCCUCGUAUCUUUAUAUUUGAUAAAACACUGCUGCUCAUAUGUUUUAAAUAAUACAUAAAAACAUACAAACAAUUUAAGGAAUGCGUUCUAUACUACAAAAUAGAUUUUGUAGAUAAAAAAAUGCAAAUAUAGGAUCUUUGACAGGAAUCGAGUAUUGACCCCUACUUUUCAUCUUAAUUUAGAGGUUGGUUACACAAGAUCCAGGUCUAAGGGUACCCGAUUUAGUGAGAGCUCUUGGAUGAACAACUGGGUUAAGUAUUAUGGAUCAUAUAAAACAACAAAGACAGUGGUUGGUGUUUCGUUUACUUACUUACGAACAAAAACCUCUUCAACUUUCACCAUCGCUGGUAUGUGGACGCUUAUCAUGAUAAAUGAUUCUGUGUUUAUUUGGUUAUACUGUAUCAGUUAAAAGUAGCAUACUAAAGUGAUUCAGUUAGGAAUAGCUAAUCAAGUAUAGUCAAACCUACGUACAGACACCUUUCUAAUACAGACAUCUCUUUAAUACAGACACCUCUCUAAUACAAACACCUCUCUAAUACAGAUACCUCCCUAUACAGACACCUCUCUAAUACAGAAAUCUCUUUAAUACAGACAACUCUCUAAUACAGACACCUCUCUAAUACAAACACCUCUCUAAUACAGACACCUCCCUAAACAGACACCUCUCUAAUACAGACACCUCUCUAAUACAGAAAUCUCUUUAAUACAGACACCUCUCUAAUACAAACACCUCUCUAAUACAGACACCUCCCUAUACAGACACCUCUCUAAUACAGAAAUCUCUUUAAUACAGACAACUCUCUAAUACAGACGCCUUUCUAAUACAGACACCUCUCUAAUACAAACACCUCUCUAAUACAGACACCUCCCUAAUACAGACUCCUCUCUAAUACAGACAUCUCUUUAAAACAGACACCUCUCUAAUACAGACACCCCCCUAAUACAGAUGCCUCUCUAAUACAGACACCUCUCUGAUACAGACACCUCUCUAAUACAGACACCUCUCUAAUACAGACACCUCUCUAAUACAGAGUGACACCUCUCUAAUACAGACAUCUCCCUAAUACAAACACCUCCCUAAUACAGACACCUCCCUAAUACAGACACCUCUCUAAUACAGACAACUCUCUAAUACAGACACCUCUCUAAUACAGACACCUCUCUAAUACAGACACCUCUCUAAUACAGACACCUCUCUAAUACAGACACCUCCCUAAUACAAACACCUCCCUAAUACAGACACCUCUCUAAUACAGACACCUCUCUAAUACAAACACCUCCCUAAUACAGACACCUCUCUAAUACAGACACUUCUCUAAUACAGACACCUCUCUAAUAAACACCUCUCUAAUACAGACAUCUCUCUAAUAUGGACACCUCUCUAAUAGAGAGAUCUCUCUAAUACAGACACCUCUCUAAUACAGACAUCUCUCUAAUACAGACACCUCCCUAAUACAGACACCUCUCUAAUACAGACACCUCUCUAAUACAGACACCUCUCUAAUACAGACACCUCUCUAAUACAGACACAUCUCUAAUACAGACACCUCUCUAAUACAGACACCUCUCUAAUACAGACACCUCUCUAAUACACACACCUCUCUAAUACAGACACCUCUCUAAUACAGACACCUCUCUAAUACAGACACCUCUCUAAUACAGACACCUCUCUAAUACAGACACCUCUCUAAUACAAACACCUCCCUAAUACAGACACCUCUCUAAUACAGACACUUCUCUAAUACAGACACCUCUCUAAUAAACACCUCUCUAAAACAAACAUCUCUCUAAUAUGGACACCUCUCUAAUAGAGACAUCUCUCUAAUACAGACACCUCUCUAAUAUAUAAGCACCUCUCUAAUAUAAGCACCUCUCUAAAUAAAUACAGACAUCUCUCUAAUACAGACACCUCUCUAAUAUGGACACUUCUUGUAAAAUGUCAAUGUGACUAUAUAUAGUGUGGUUACAUACUUAUUUAAUUUUAUUUUUAAGGUCCUGUAAACCCAACCAGUGGAUACAAGUUGGUUUUAUUCGCCAAAGGAAGUUCUCCAGCCAAAAUUUCCUGGACCUAUAGUGCUUAA